GCCACCGCCAUCAGGGCAGUGAUAGGCCUUGUCUUGCUUUCUCACCCUACUCCACCGCGGGUGGAGCGACCAAGGUGUUUCAUAUAAAAGUCCAAUUGUUGGGCCAAGUUGGUAUCAGUUGACUCACUGAAUCGCAAACACACACAACAAUGGCCUUCAAGUACGUCGUCUUCGCCGCCUGCCUGGCCGCCGCCAACGCUGGAUUCCUCCAGGCCCCCGUCGCCUACGCCGCCGGUGUGCCCGCCGUCUCCUCGGUGUCCUCCAACACCGUCCGCAACUUCGGCAACACCCAGCAGGUCAGCACCUACAGCAAGUCCCUGGACACCCCCUUCUCCAGCGUGCGCAAGAGCGACAUCCGUGUGACCAACGACUCCCCUGCCCUGGCCUACGCCGGAUACGCCGCCCCCGCCUACACCCAGUACGCCGCCCCCGCCUAUGCUCAGACCUACGCCGCCCCCGCCUACACCUCCUACGCUGCCCCCGCCAUCGCUAAGGUCGCCGCCCCCGUCGCCUACCACGGUGCCUAUGCCGCCCCCGCUCUUGCCCACACCGCUUAUGCCGCCCCCGCUGUCGCCGCUCACCCCGCCGCCCUCGGAGUUGCCUACUCCGCUGCCCCCGCCGUCGCCCACUACAGCUUCGACGGAUUCGGCGCUCACUACGCUUACUAAAUAGUUUUCACAUCUUGAUUCCUAUUUAUUGACAUUUCCAUCCUGUAAAAAUGUAAUAAAUUAUUCGCAAACAUCCCGAAAAAUCAUUAUUUUAUU